UAUUACCAUAACUAGCAGGUUAGGGAUAAUUAUGGGAUGCAUGGUUACCGGGGCAACCAGACGAGACGUCACAACUGGGCAUGUGCGUUCCAAUUUUUUCUCUCCCCUCUUUCUGUCUUUUUUUGGAUUAUUUUCAGGCGGGGGGCUGAGGAGAUUUUUUUUGUUGGAGUGUGGCGGCCAUUUUUCCACCUCACCCUGACAAAUCUGUCAAUAUAGUCACUCCAUCCGUUCCUGUCCUCCCUAAACAAACCCAAUAAGGGUUCCCUCCUGCCUUUUAUUCAUUCAGUUUUUUUUUGUUAAAUAGCCUCCUUAUUUGCAUUUAAAAAAAUAUAUAUGUAUCCUUCUCAGGAUUUUUUCUUCAAUGUAAAUUUUCUGUGACCCCCCCCCCCCACCCCCCCCUCUUCCCAACACCUUCCUCUCUCUUUAAAUACACACGCACAUAUAUAUAUAUAUAUAUAACUUAACAUUCAAUGAUGCCGGCAUCUUUUGGCAAUGAGGAGGACGGGAUGGAAAACGAUGAGGGAGCUCCAGAGGAAGAGGAGGAAGAGGAAGAGGAGGAAGAGGAAAGUCGCGAACCGAUGUUUCCCGAUGAAGAGCCGGCCAAAGUGAAGAAGAAAAGAAAACCUCGGAAACAGAAAGAGAACAAGACUCCGAAAAUGAAGAAGAGAAAGAAAGAGGAGCAGAAAUCAUCUACGUACUUAAUGGAUGACUGGGGUUUGGAGGAUGUGGACUAUGAGUUCUCGGAGGAGGAUUACCACACACUGACCAACUAUAAAACCUUCAGCCAGUUCCUGAGGCCACUCAUUGCCAAGAAAAAUCCCAAAAUCCCCAUGUCAAAAAUGAUGACCGUGCUUGGUGCAAAAUGGCGGGAGUUCAGCGCCAACAACCCAUUCAAAGGGACGUCGGUGGCGGCGGCAGAGGUGGCAGCGGCUGCGGUGGCAGCUGUAGUGGAACAGGUGAUCGUGGCUCCAUCCGUGCCCAUCCAGGUGCCACCCCCAAUCCAGCCCCCCAUCCCUCUGAGGAAAGCCAAGACCAAAGAAGGCAAAGGCCCGGGGGUGCGGAAGAAAAGCAAAAGUGCUCGGGCUGCAGAACUGAAGAAGAAAGGAAAGGGCAAGAAGAUGGUGCCCCUGAAAAUCAAACUUGGAGGAUUCAGUGGCAAACGGAAAAAAGAAUCUUCGAGUGAUGAAGAUGACCAUGGUGAAUCUGACCUGGACAGUGCCAGCAUCCACAGCUGCUCGGUGCGAUCCGAGGGAUCGGCCGGUUUGGGCAAAAGGAGGAGGAAAGGUGGCAAGCGAAAGAAGAAAUUGGAAGAAGGCGAUGGCUAUGAGACGGAUCACCAGGAUUACUGUGAGGUUUGCCAGCAAGGAGGGGAAAUUAUUUUGUGCGACACGUGUCCGAGAGCUUAUCAUUUAGUCUGCCUGGACCCUGAAAUGGAGAAGGCACCGGAAGGGAGGUGGAGUUGUCUGCACUGUGAAAAAGAAGGAAUCCAAUGGGAGGCCAAAGAGGAGGAAGAGGAUGAAGACGAGGAAGAGGUUGUGGAUGAAGAGGAUGAUGAUCACAUGGAGUUCUGUCGCGUCUGCAAGGAUGGGGGGGAGCUGCUGUGUUGUGACUCUUGUCCGUCCUCGUAUCACAUUCACUGCCUUAACCCCCCGCUACCCGAGAUCCCAAACGGAGAGUGGAUUUGUCCACGUUGCCUGUGUAUCCCCCUGAAGGGCAAAGUGCAGCGAAUCUUGCACUGGUCGUGGGGUUCUCCACCACCGCCCCGCACACCGCCAUCCACUCUCGCCGAUGGAGGGAACGAUGUUGACCAUCCCAAGGCCCUGGAAGGUCGACCAGAGCGGGAGUUCUUUGUCAAGUGGGUGGGGCGAUCCUAUUGGCACUGCUCCUGGGCCACAGAAUUGCAGCUGGAGAUGUACCACACGGUGAUGUUCCGGAACUUCCAACGGAAGAAUGACAUGGAUGAGCCGCCGCCGUAUGAUUACGGCUCUGGGGACGACGAGAAGAGCGAGAAGCGGAAGAGUAAAGAUCCACAGUUCGCGGCGAUGGAGGCGAGGUUCUACCGAUACGGCAUCAAACCCGAGUGGCUGGUCGUUCAACGAUUCAUCAAUCACAGCUUUGACAAGAAGGGUGACUUGCACUAUUUGAUUAAAUGGAGGGAUUUGCCGUAUGAUCAGGCCACCUGGGAAUUUGAAGAUUUUGACAUUCCAGAUUAUGAUUCCAUGAAGGAGAUGUAUUGGAAUCACAGGCAGUUGAUUAUGGGGGACGACAUACGACCAGUGAGGAAGCUGAACAAGAAAGGGCAGAAAGCUGAGGAGCUGAUCUUCGACCCGCCCCCCUGCCAACCUGUGGUGGAUCCGAUGGUGAAGUUCGACAAGCAGAUGGAUUACAUUGAUGCCACCGGAGGCACCUUACACCCGUACCAGCUGGAGGGGCUGAACUGGCUGCGCUUCUCCUGGGCACAGGGCACCGACACCAUCCUGGCCGACGAAAUGGGACUGGGGAAAACUGUGCAAACUAUCGUCUUCCUGUACUCGCUCUUCAAAGAGGGUCACUCCAAGGGGCCGUUCCUGGUGAGCGCUCCGUUGUCGACGAUUAUCAAUUGGGAGCGGGAGUUCAAGAUUUGGGCACCGUACUUCUACGUGUUAACGUACACGGGAGACAAGGACUGCCGCGCCGUCAUCCGGGAGAACGAAUUCUGCUUUGAUGAGAAUUUCUUCAAGAGUGGGAAAAAAACCUUCAGGAUGAAGAGCGACGCACAGAUCAAGUUUCACGUUCUGCUCACCUCGUACGAGAUGAUCACCAUUGACCAGACCAUCCUCGGCUCCAUCGACUGGGCGUGCCUCGUGGUCGACGAGGCUCACCGGCUGAAGAACAACCAGUCCAAGUAUUUCAGGGUGCUCAAUGCUUACAAGAUCGAUUACAAGCUGCUGUUGACGGGAACGCCUCUGCAGAACAACCUGGAGGAACUCUUCCACCUUCUGAACUUCCUCACUCCCGUGCGCUUCAAUAAUCUGGAAGGAUUCUUGGAGGAGUUUGCAGACAUCUCGAAAGAGGAUCAGAUCAAGAAGCUUCACGACCUCCUGGGCCCGCACAUGCUGAGGCGACUCAAGGCCGAUGUCUUCAAGGACAUGCCGUCAAAGACGGAGCUGAUAGUCCGUGUGGAGCUGAGUUCCAUGCAGAAGAAGUAUUACAAGUUCAUUUUGACCAAAAACUUUGAGGCUCUGAAUUCGAAAGGUGGUGGGAACCAGGUGUCUUUGUUGAACAUCAUGAUGGACCUGAAGAAGUGUUGUAACCAUCCCUACCUCUUCCCAGUGGCUGCUAUGGAAGCUCCGGUGUUGCCCAAUGGAUCAUACGACGGGAACUCGCUGGUGAAGUCUUCGGGGAAGCUGAUCCUCCUGCAGAAGAUGCUGAAGAAGCUGCACAGCCAAGGCCACCGAGUGCUGAUCUUCUCCCAGAUGACGAAAAUGCUCGACCUGUUGGAGGAUUUCCUGGAGUACGACGGUUACAAGUACGAGCGGAUCGACGGCAGCAUCACCGGCAACCAGCGGCAGGAGGCCAUCGACCGCUUCAACGCCCCUGGAGCUCAGCAGUUCUGCUUCCUACUGUCCACGCGAGCUGGGGGUCUGGGCAUUAACUUGGCCACAGCUGACACCGUGGUGAUCUAUGACUCGGACUGGAACCCCCACAACGACAUUCAGGCGUUCAGCAGAGCUCAUCGCAUCGGGCAGAACAAAAAGGUGAUGAUCUAUCGUUUUGUGACCCGGGCCUCGGUGGAGGAACGUAUCACGCAGGUGGCCAAGAAGAAGAUGAUGUUGACUCACCUGGUAGUGCGGCCGGGGCUGGGCUCCAAGUCGGGCUCAAUGUCCAAGCAAGAGUUGGACGAUAUCCUCAAGUUCGGCACCGAGGAGCUCUUCAAAGAUGACGAAGCAGAGAAGGAGGCGGAGGAGAUGCGGAUGAUCCACUACGAUGACCGUGCCAUCUCCAAGCUGCUGGACCGCAACCAGAAUGCCACAGAUGAUGCUGACAUUCAGAACAUGAAUGAGUAUCUCAGUUCCUUCAAAGUAGCUCAGUACGUGGUGCGGGAGGAGGAAGAACAGGAGGAAGUUGAAAGAGAGAUCAUUAAGCAGGAAGAGAAUGUGGACCCUGACUACUGGGAGAAGCUGCUGAGGCAUCACUAUGAGCAACAGCAAGAGGACCUGGCCAGGAACCUGGGCAAAGGCAAACGCAUUCGCAAGCAGGUCAACUACAAUGAUGCCUCCCAAGAGGACCAAGAGUGGCAGGAUGACUUGUCAGACAACCAGUCCGAGUACUCUGUGGGCUCAGAGGAUGAGGAUGAAGACUUUGAAGAGAAGUUGGAAGCUGGGAGACGCCAAUCCCGGAGGCAACUUAAGAACGAGCGAGACAAACCUCUCCCACCGUUACUGGCUCGAGUUGGUGGCAACAUUGAGGUCCUUGGGUUCAAUGCACGGCAGCGGAAAGCCUUUGUGAACGCCAUCAUGCGCUGGGGGAUGCCUCCACAAGACGCUUUCAACUCCCACUGGCUGGUGCGUGAUCUCCGCGGGAAGAGUGAGAAGGAGUUCCGGGCCUACGUCUCGCUGUUCAUGAGGCACUUGUGUGAGCCAGGGGCGGAUGGAUCGGAGACAUUUGCAGAUGGCGUUCCCCGUGAGGGGUUGUCCCGGCAACACGUGCUCACCAGGAUAGGCGUGAUGUCACUGGUCAGGAAGAAGGUGCAGGAGUUUGAAUACAUCAACGGGAGGUACAGCACGCCCGACAUGGUGCCGGAGAGAAUGGAGAGCAAGAAGCCCGUGGACUGCAUCUCCUCCGAUUCCAGCACGCCCGUGGCUGCCAGCCCUGCCUGCCCAACUGCUGGGGUGCCAGCCCAUUCCUCUACCGAGAAGAACGGCUGCUGUGCGGAGAUGAUGGAUGAUGGCGAGAGGGAGAAGGAAGAGACUGAGGUUCCCAGUGGAGAGAGAGCUGUUCCAGCCGGUGAGGACCCGCAGGAAGCGGAGAGCAAGAAGCAAUUGAGCGAAGCCGGAGCAGAGGAGAGGGGCGAGUUGGAGCUGCUGGAACAGGCGGCACCGCCACAGCCCAAAGCAGCCGAGGACACGACUGAGGACAAAGAGGUCGCAGAGAGUCUGCAGAACGGAGAACUGGCAAAGGAGGUGAAGGAGGAAGAGGCCAGGAAGGAUCAGUCUGGCAAAGGGAAGUUUAUGUUCAACAUCGCUGACGGGGGUUUCACAGAACUGCACACGCUUUGGCAGAAUGAAGAGCGAGCUGCCGUCUCUUCCGGAAAGAUCUACGAUAUCUGGCACAGGAGGCACGACUACUGGCUGCUGGCUGGCAUCGUUGCCCAUGGGUACGCUCGGUGGCAGGACAUCCAAAACGACCCCAGAUACACCAUCAUCAAUGAACCUUUCAAGGCCGAGAUGAACAAGGGCAACUUCCUGGAAAUGAAGAACAAAUUCCUCGCCAGGAGGUUCAAGCUCCUGGAGCAGGCCCUGGUGAUCGAAGAGCAACUGCGGAGAGCUGCGUACCUCAACAUGACCCAGGACCCCAACCAUCCCGCCAUGGCUCUCAACGCCCGCUUUGCCGAGGUGGAAUGCUUGGCCGAGAGUCACCAGCACCUCUCCAAGGAGUCUCUGGCCGGCAACAAGCCCGCCAAUGCCGUGCUGCACAAAGUCCUGAAUCAGCUGGAGGAGCUGCUGAGUGACAUGAAGGCAGACGUGACCAGGUUGCCCAACAUGUUGUCGCGGGUCCCGCCGGUCGCUGCGAGGCUACAGAUGUCCGAGCGAAGCAUCCUAAGUCAACUUGCCAACCGGGGCACCGAGCCCCAGCAGCAGCCGUUCCCACAGGGCCAGUACGGAGCAGCACAGAUGUACAGUAACAACUUUGGGCCCAGCUUCCGGGGGCCGGGCACAGGAGCACUCGUCAACUACAACCAGAUGCCACUGGGUCCCUACAUCAGUGCAACCACAAAUAUUUCUGCUGUGAGUGUACAGGAUAAAAGGCACUUGUCAGAAGGAUUGAAAGAACUGGAAGGAGAAAGGAAAGAUAAAGUCAGUGAUGUAAUCUGCAUCGAAGAUUGACAACAAGUCCCCAGGAUCAGCUCGGGCUGACAGCAGUUACAGGCACCACGCUCCUGGCCAUCACUAAACAUUCUUUGGACACAUCAAGUGUUUUUGCCUGGGGAGAGGGUGGUGGGUGAGCAGGUGGGGAGUGCUGUGCUCACUUGUACAUAUUUGCACUUACUUUGCACGCUCAUGGAAGGCUGUUCCUGUUGCAUUGAGUGUUGUUUCAGGGAGAAGAACGCCAGAGGAUAGGGACAAGAAAAACACCCUCCCAACCAGAACAUGGAAAGUCUGGAGCGGAUUCUCCAGAUCCUGCUCAGCGUCUUAUCCCUUCUCACCAUCAUUAAUACCCACUACCUUCCAUGGUGUACAGUCCCUAAACUACCUCCCCCCCCAGCUACAGUGUACUCUUCCUAACCCCAUCCUUCCUCUAAUGGCCCACUAGUGUUCUGCCCCCAACCAAAGUAUUAUGACCCUAACCCACCCCACAUACGCCCAAAGGUGUAUGAACCAGCCCAGUAUAAUCUGCCAUAAAUAACUACCACUGUCAAUACACCAUCCUGGGUCCCAGAGGACCCCAGCCAGAACUCCCCAUGCUCCCUUGAAUACCCUGGAUUCCUGUGAAAAGAGGCACAAGUCGUGCAUUGGUUUGGGGCCACUUGGGGACGGGAUACGCGACUCCGGUAACCUGCAUUCCAGAUAGGAAGCCCACAGCUUGGAUGUUGUACACUGGGCCUAGUUCAGCCUGCUUUGGAACAAAGAACACAUCUCCUUGUUCUGCUUCAGGGUUCAAUGUUCUCAACAGCUCUCCCGUAUUCACAAGGCAGAGCCUUCACUUCCCCCCAUGCGGCAUCCCUAUUGAAGUAUUUUGAGGUUCUGGAACCAAUUAGUGCCAUUGGACUAUCUUGUAGUUUUACCACACACUCCUUAUACAAGUGCUCUGUCCAGUCGGUCUCGUAUGUUACUGAUAAUCUGGAGGUAUUUGUCUGGAAUUAUCUUGGAUUAGCCAGUUGCAACUCUGUGCAGUGCAGAGAUUCAGCUACUAAUUAGAGAAAUCUUGGUCAUGCCUCCAGGUGGCAAGAGUUUGGGCAAGACCAGGACUGAACUCAGCAAUAAGUCUCCCCCAGUCACUGUUGAUGUCAAGGACAAUAAAUGGUCUAAGGUUCAGGCUCCAGUGGGCUGUCCAGGACCCUGGCGUUCGUCUUUCCUUAACCCACCGUCCUAGAACUCAACUAUCCUGGCGCCACGGAACCCACAACCUGGUCAGACGUCAGGAGAGAGGGGGGAAGAAUCCCAAAUCUCAUUGCUAUUGUUAAUCACUCUUCCUGGUGAAUGUUUGUAUGAAACUCCUGGUGCAAUUUUUUUUAUGCCAAAUGUCAAAUUUAGUUGGUUUAUUAUACUCGUGGAGAGACUUGAAUAUUGGGAUUUCAGUCACCGUUUGCAACUAAAUUAUAUAAAUUGGGGUGAAGUGCCACACAGUCCAUCCCUCCCUUGUUAUCUUUCCUUUUAUCCUCAGUAUGUUAAGAUCACUGCAGAAAUAGAAACCUUCCUAUUCACACUGUUCUUCGUUCUCUCUUUCCUGCUUCCCUCCCAUCCAUGCUUUCAUUUGCCUCUUUUCUCCUUACUAGCCUCCUUUGUGAAUGUACUAAUUGUUCUGGGUGCUUAAAGUCAAUGUCCUUCAUUUUUCACCCAGUGCCCAGAUGUCAUGGGCUAGUGCUGGUGAUGUGUCUGGCCCAGGAAUGGGAGGGAGAAAGCUGUCCUAAAGCUGUAUCUGAUCCAAGGCAAUGGUCCAGAACAGCACUGCACAAGGACCAUUCUAGUUCUAGUAGUAACUGAAAAUCAGCAAAGCAAGACAAAAUCAUCAACCUUGUUUACUAGACACUGCCCAAUCAUAGUUAUGCUAACUCUUGGAAAAUGUCAAUUUCUCUGCAAAUUCAUUUCAGAUUUCUUAAGCCAAUUAAUUAAGCCUCUGGGCUGAUGUGAAAUUGGAAACAUGCUGGCAACCAGACACAAGAAUCUGGAGUUAUAAAUUCCAAUUAGAGGUUAUACUUCUACAUUUUGCCACAUUCUCCUUUGCCAAUAGUUCAGCCCUGCUUCCCCUACUAUCUCCAUUCCAAUGGAAGGCUGUUGGUUUGAGGGCAACUUGAUAAAGCAUCUUUUUGCUUAAGUGUUUUGUUAUAAAUGGCAGGUAUUGUACUGUUCACUUAAUACCUGGGAGACCUAUUGAGAGAAAUUCCUGCCAUUUGCACAUACCUGUUCCAAUCCCAGUGUUUUAACUUGUUUAUUUUUUUUUUUAAACUACCUUGUCAGUUGUUAUUGUAUUUUCCAAUUCUGUGUACAGAAUAUUACUGCUGUUCUACUUGAUUAAUAAGCUAUUUGGUAAGAAAGUCUCUCUAAAAUUGAAAGGCUUUAAGUUGACUGUAUAGACUCGAAGUGCAUCUUAAUACAGUCCCUAAAAACAA